AUGAGCCACAAUAACUUUAACGAUGAUAACUCAGGAGUGCUCAAUAGAACAAGAACACCGGUCGGCAAACAACUCUUUAAACAAUGGUUUCUUCGACCAAGCCUUGACUUAAAUAUCCUGAAGAGAGAUUUCGUAGCAUGUCAAAAAUAUCCCAAAAAUACCGAAGAGCAUGAAAGGGAAGUUGAAUAUUGCAGAUUCACUUAUUGCUGUCUUAAAAUUCGUAAUCUUAUUCGAGAAUUGAAUUCCUCGGAAAAUAUACAAAUAUUCAACCAAAUAAGAGAAACUUUCGUUGUUACCGAGUUGAAAGAUCUUGGUUCAGUUAUAAAUGAUGUGAUUGAUUUCGAUGAAAGCGCAAAUAAAAUUGCGUUGUGGUUAAAUUGCACGUCGAUGAGUGAAUUCGCAUCCACAUUGAAUGUCAUUUACUUUCCUCAGCUCGGGUAUUUGAUUGCCGUUCCAUUGAAACUUGAAUGGAAAGAGGAAGAAGACUUCCGGAUUGAAGGAUUGUAUUAUCAGUUUAGCACAGCGACAACUGUAUAUUACAAGAAUGAUCGAAUGCAAAUCAGUAAUGCGUUGAAAAAAGAAUUCAUAAAGACUUUGCCGGACCCUAACAUCGCUGGGGAGAAAAUGGCCAAUAUCUCUUCCUUUGCUAUAUCGAACAAACAAUUGUGA